UCGAUCUAACGACCUAACCACGGCGGGGAAAAAAAAGAGACGCGGCUCUCCGCGAGAUCGUGAGCGCGAGGACGACGAGUAUCGCAGCGAACGGGAUUAUCGGCGUUCCUCCAAAUCCUCGUCGUCGUCAUCAGGCCGUGACCGCGACGGUAGAAGUCAGAGCAGCGGCAGCGGCAACAGCAAACCGCCGCCACCAUCCCAACAGCAACAGCAGCAGCAGAUAGACGAGGACCACGCGAGCAUGAUGAGCGACUAUUCGGCCGUGGCACCGCCGCAAGACUUUUCCCAGAGUUCGGCAUUUGCGGCCGCGCUUCAGCGGGCCAAGCAGAUUGCAGCUAAGAUAAAUCCUCAAGGUGUGACAAAUAAUCAAGAUCCCCAAAAGAAACGUCCACUAGAAGAUUGUCCAGAACCUGAACCAAAGAAGCUUACACCUAUAAUAACUGAUCCAUUGAUUAAUCUACGUGGGAAUACAACUCCUGGUAUUCCAACAAACAUUAAUGACAGUCCUAUUUCAAGGCCUUCUGGACCCACAACUCCUAAUCCAGUUGCUUUGGGAGGUAUUUGCAAUGAAGAUAUCAGAGUUCCUGACAAAAUGGUUGGAUUGAUAAUUGGCAGAGGAGGAGAACAAAUAACCAGAUUGCAAAGUGAAACAGGAUGUAAAAUACAAAUGGCUGCUGAAAGUGGGGGUCUGCCAGAGCGUACUUGCACGCUAACCGGCUCCCGUGAAGCUGUCAAUCGAGCAAAGGAACUCGUGUUGUCUAUUGUCAAUCAGAGAAACAAACCAGGAGAUGAUCAAAUACCUGGUACCAAUCCGCCUUAUCCAGGACCAAGUUCUUCUACGCCACAAUCAAUGAUGUCUGGACAUCCAGGUUUUGUAGAAAUUAUGAUUCCUGGACCAAAAGUCGGUCUGAUCAUUGGAAAGGGAGGUGAAACAAUUAAACAACUGCAAGAGAAGUCUGGAGCAAAAAUGGUUGUUAUACAAGAAGGUCCAGCUCAAGAACAGGAAAAACCAUUAAGAAUUACUGGUGAUCAACAAAAAGUAGAGCAUGCUAAGCAGUUAGUUUACGAAUUAAUUGCUGAAAAGGAAAUGCAAAUGUACAGUAGAGGUACAAGAAAUUCCUCUGGACAUAACUUUUCUGGAAAUAACAGCUUCAAUCAAGAUGGAAGUGCUGAUGGAGUUGAGGUAUUCGUGCCGAAAGCCGCGGUCGGUGUGGUUAUUGGCAAAGGCGGCGAUAUGAUAAAAAAGUUGCAGCAGGAGACAGGAGCUAAGAUACAGUUCAUACAGAUGAAAGACGAGGGUCCUGGUGACCGUAAUUGCAUUAUCAACGGUAAGGACGAUUGCGUCGAGAAUGCGCGCCAAAGGAUCCAGGACAUGAUUGACAGCGUCGUGAAAGGACGAGGUAAUCCACGUGGUAAUGGUUUUAAUUCUGGUCGACCUAACGAAUACGGAGGUUGGGAUGGUAACAGAAGACAAAAUGAUAUAGGGAACAAAAUUGAAUUUAGUUAUCCUGUACCAUCUAAUAAGUGUGGUAUCAUAAUUGGAAAAGGUGGCGAAACAAUCAAACAGAUUAAUCAACAAACUGGUGCCCAUUGUGAAUUAGAUAGGCGAAAUCCAGGUACAGAGACUGAGAAAUUCUUUACUAUUAGAGGAACACCAGAACAAGUGGAACAUGCAAAAAGAAUAUUUGGUGAAAAGUUGGGUGGUGGAGGCAUGACUUCAACUAAUAGCAUAUAUGGAGGACAAAAUACAAUGGGUUAUAAUCCAUCAUGGAAUGCAACUCCAGGUUAUCAAGCAUGGCCAGGCCAGACACCUACAGGGGAUCCAAAUGCUGCCAACCAAGCAUCAGUACAGAUCAAUCCAGCAACUGGGCAACCAGACUACAGUGCACAAUGGGCUGAAUAUUAUAGAUCAAUGGGCAUGCACAGAGAAGCAGAGAUAAUAGAACAGCAAACUAAACAGCAACAGCAGCAGCAGGCAACUGGUGUAAAACCAGAUAUGAAUCAACAGUCAGGUGGUGGACAAGCACCUGGAAAUCCAACAGCUCCUACUGGACCACAGCAAGCACAACAGCAACCACAACCACAACAACAGCAGCAACAACAACAACAACAAGGUGCUCAACAAAAUGGUGGCCAAGCAGAUUACAGUGCACAAUGGGCAGAAUAUUACAGAAGUAUUGGAAAAAUUAAAGAAGCAGAAGCUAUUGAAGCACAGAUGAAAACUGGAAAACAGGGUGGUGGUAUGCAAAAUAAUCAGAUGUCUCAGCCUCAACAGCAGCAACAACAGCCACAAAUGCAACCUAAUACUAUGGCGAGUCAGGGUGGUGCUCCUGGUGGCGGCGGAGGACCUGGAACUGCACCAAAUGCAUUUCCUCAGCCAUAUGGUGGUUAUCCAGGGAUGAAUCCAGCCUCAGCGGGUGGUUACUAUACACCUGGUGCACAAAGUUCUGGUCAACCUGGCCAACAAAAUCCUACGUUCCCUACUGCUACUGGUUAUCAAAACUAUCAGUAUCCUCAGCCAAGCUCUGAUAACUGAGACAUCAGAAACGGCCUGAGGCAAAAUUAAAUAACCCAAUUACAGAUAGCUUUCCAGAGGGAUGUUUUUAAUACCUGCAGUACUCCCAUAUAAAUAUAUACAUAUGAAUAUAAAUAUACAUGUAUAAAUAUAUGUAUAUAUUUAUACAUGCAAAAAAUGAUGAUUACACAUUUGGCUGUUGUUUAAAGAAAAACAAAAGAAAUCAAGCCUGAGAAGUCACCUACAGUAUCUGUUUUACGCUUUAUUUAUAGUAUGAGAAAUAUUAUUGAAUGAUUUUUUUACACAUUGUAGGAUACCCAUUGUUCUAGUUUUUAAGUGACAUAAGAAAAUUUUUGAACCGACCUUAGGAUUAUAAAACAAAAAAAUUUAAUUUCAUAUAAUAUGAUCAGCAAUAUCAUGUUUGUUUUAUUUUUUCAACAAUUAUGUUUGUGUAUUUCUACCUAAUCCUGACUUUAACCAAGUGAGUCAUAAAGUUCUGCAGGUAGAAGCAGCCAAACCUGGGGGUGUGUGCAUGACCAGCAAGAUGACAUUAUCUUUUUAAUAACUUAUGCACUGUUCAUGCUUUGGAUUAGGGAAAUUUAUUAAAAUUAUUUUAAAAUUAUUAAAUACAAACAAUUCUUUUCUAUCUCUAUGAACUUUGUUACAAUUCACGUUACUAUUAUAGAUGCUAUGCAUUAGUCACUAAUUUUCAUGUCUUUAAAAAAAGUCAUAUGAAUUAUGUCUUCUGUCAACACUAAUGUUAUACUGUAUAUUACUUACCAUAACUUAAAAACAUUGUCAAUCACUUUGCGAAACAUUAAAUAAAUAAAUAAAAUGUAUAAUUAA